AUGAUGAUGAUGGGAGAGGGAGCGCACGCACCGCCGUGGCAGCAGUCGCCGGUGAGCAGCGGCGGCAGCAUGAUGGACGCGGACGAGGCGGCGUCGCCGUACGCCCUCCUGGCGGCGCUGCAGCAUUACCUGCCGUCGAACGAGGUGGCGGCGGCGGAGGACGACGAGGAGGCGGCGGCCCUGGCGGCCGUCGACGCGUACGCCUGCGACAAGUUCCGGAUGUACGAGUUCAAGGUGCGGCUGUGCUCGCGCGGGCGGAGCCACGACUGGAUGGACUGCCCCUACGCGCACCCGGGGGAGAAGGCCCGGCGGCGCGACCCGAGGCGGUACCACUACUCCGGCGCCGCGUGCCCGGACUUCCGCAGGGGCGGGUGCAAGCGCGGCGACGCGUGCGAGCUCGCGCACGGGGUGUUCGAGUGCUGGCUCCACCCGUCCCGCUACCGGACGCAGCCCUGCAAGGACGGCACCGGGUGCCGCCGCCGCGUCUGCUUCUUCGCGCACACGCCGGACCAGCUCCGCGUGCUGCCGCCGCAGCAGUCCAGCGCCAGCCCGAGGGGCGCGGCGGCGUCGCCGCUGGCCGAGUCGUACGACGGCUCGCCGCUCCGCCGGCAGGCGUUCGAGAGCUACUUCAGCAAGAGCGGCAUGAUCAUGUCGUCGUCCCCGACCAGCACGCUCGUCUCGCCGCCGAGGUCGCCGCCGUCGGAGUCGUCCCCGCCAAUGUCGCCCGACGCCGCCGCGCUCCGCCGCGGGUCGUGGCCGGGCGUCGGCUCGCCCGUCAACGAGGUCCUCGCCUCGCUGCGCCAGCUCCGCCUCGCCGCCGGCGGCGGAGGCUCGCCGAGGUCGGCGCCUUCCGGCGGCGGGUCGUUCUUGGCCGGCGGCGGCGGCUACCCGUUCGGGUCCCCAAAGUCACCGGCGGCGGGGCUGUACAGUCUCCCGUCCACGCCGACCCGGCCGUCCCCGGUGACGGUGACCACCGCCUCCGGCGCCACCAUCAUGACCGUGGAACGCCUCAACCUCGGACUCAGCGGGGACGAGGAGCCGGUCAUGGAGAGGGUCGAGUCCGGGAGAGCCCUCCGCGAGAAGGUGUUCGAGCGGCUCAGCAAAGAUGCCACCGUGUCCAACGACACCGCCGCCGCCUCCGCCAACGUUGAGGGAGCGGCCCCGGAUGUCGGCUGGGUCUCCGACCUCAUCAAUUGA